GCACCGCUACUUCCGCCAUACGCUGGGACGCGCCUUCCGGCUUGAGGUCCAGCUCCACUGGAGAGGUCCACCUCCUCCGCUCGUGAAGUCCCCAGAUAGACCUCCGGGAGUUCCCGGAAGUGGCCCGGUUGCCAGCUUCCGGUGCCGUAGGGGGAAAUGGCGAUGGUCACCUUGAUCCCGACGCUGGCGCGGGUACUGUCAAAGCACAGCCUGCUAUCUCCUUUGCUCAGUGUGACAUCAAUCAGACGAUUCUACAGAGGUGACAGCCCAACAGAUUCUCAAAAAGACAUGAUUGAAAUCCCUUUGCCUCCAUGGCAGGAGAGAACUGAUGAAUCCAUAGAAACCAAAAGAGCCCGCCUACUCUAUGAGAGCAGAAAGAGGGGGAUGCUGGAGAACUGCAUUCUUCUGAGCCUCUUUGCUAAAGAAUAUCUGCACAACAUGACAGAGAAGCAGCUGAACCUUUACGAUCGCCUGAUUAAUGAGCCUAGCAAUGACUGGGAUAUUUACUACUGGGCCACAGAAGCAAAGCCAGCCCCAGAAAUAUUUGAAAAUGAAGUCAUGGAACUGCUGAGAGAGUUCACGAAAAACAAAAACAAAGAGCAGAGACUCCGUGCCCCAGAUCUGGAAUAUCUCUGUGAAAAGCCUCGUUAAAGUGUGUGCCACUGCCUGUCAUGGUGAUUAGUAUAUGAACAGAAACUGCUUCUGGUACUGAUUUUGGCUUCCUGCUUUCCCUUAGGCACUUGAACCUCUACCAUGACAGACGUGUACUCUGCAAGAUGACUCACUCAUUCUAACCUGCACUUGUCUGUACAGCACAGAUCUGCCACAAGAGGGCACUGCAGUUCCACUGCCUCAGCCCUGACAGUACCAAAGACCCAGCUGCUGUAGGAAGAGCUGCCCUCCCAAUCCUACACCCAGUGGCCCUAGGCUUUGUUAAGAUAAAGUUGCCCUCUUCCAACUUGGUAUAGUUCUUUCUGCCAAAGAGAGCCGAUCCAAGCCCCUGAGCUGAGGCCAUCAAAGGCACAGCAAGCUGAGUGAGGGCACCAAGCAGGCAUGGUGUGGGCACACUGCUUAAGUCAACAUCCCCAUCACCAUCAGAUUUUCUUCACAACAUGCCCUUUGUAAACCUAACAAUGGAACACUGAAGGGUGUCAAGGGAAGGAGAUUGACAGUUCUCCAACCCUUACAAUUAUCUUCAUUUUGUCUGUUCCUGUGCAACCCAUAGUCGUAUAUUUGGAGUUUUACAAACUUUUUUGGGGGGUAUUUCAAGACAAGGUUUCUCUGUAUUGUUUUGGAGCCUGUCCUGGAACUAGUUCUGUAGAUCAGGCUGGCCUCAAACUCACAGAGAUUAAAGGCGUGUACCACCACCGCCCUGCUGUUUUACAAACUUACAAUCAUGGGUUUUCUGACUUGUGGCACUGUGGCAAACUUUCCUCCUCAUUCUUACAGCUUUUAAAAUCAUUUUAGUUGACCAAAUAAUAAUGACACAUAAGAAAUAAAUAACAUGUUAACUGGG